AUGAAGCAGAAGAAGAACAAAGAGAUGGCCGCUAAACCCUCCUCGAAAGCAAUAUCCAAGGCGGAGGCACUGGUGGUCCACUUGAUUUCUGGCUUCGGAUUGGCGGUAGCUUUCUGGGUGGCCCACAAUGUCCACUCCAUCAGCCUCACCUCCCAUCCUUCUCUUACUCUCCGUUUGAUCUGGGUGGGUUUUUUCGAAUGCCCAGCUGUGAUUCUUCUUUACAGCCGGUAUAGGAAGGACCAUGAACGAUGCUCUUACUUCAAAGCGGUAGGGCGUGGCCUGCUAGGACUUCCUGCUGGGGCUCUGAUAAAUGCUUUAGGAGCAAUAGUGUUGGGCGCACCUGCUGGCAUCCAGUAUCUACCAAAGACCAUUAACUGGUCUCUUGUAAUGUCAUUGUUCACUAUUGCGCCUGCAGCAUCUGUAUUUGGCUCAUCAUGGACAGAUUGGCAACGUAUAUUUGCAUUUACAAAGCUUAUUGAACCUGUGGAUUAUAUGAUUUGUCUACCAGCACAUGGAGCUGUUAUUGGUGCUUGGUUUGGGGCUUUUCCAAUGCCGCUUGACUGGGAACGUCCAUGGCAGGAAUGGCCUAUUUGUGUGAGUUAUGGAGCAAUUGUUGGGUAUCUGGUUGGCAUCGUUGCAUCAUUCGGCUUUAUGCUUGUGCGGCAGCAUGUCAAAGGAGACUAAACAAGUGAGAUGUCCAAAUAUUCUUCUGGGCAAUUAAUUUUUUCACGGUUUCGUUUUCUUUUGGUUUUUUAUUUUAUAUUUUGUAGAAACAAAACCGAGUGCAGUGACGUUCUAGGAGUCAUAUAGCUGAGCCCAUUUAGUGAGAUAAGAUUUUGUUGUUGUUGUUGUAGUAUAAACAACUUUUUAUUUUCCUCGGUUGAGUAGAAUUGAUAUUACAGAAAUGGAAUGAAAGGGUUUGAACCAUUGCUCUUUUUGAAAUA